AUGAGCCACGACACGCUGGUCGUUCCCGCGGAAGCGCAAGGUGUCGCGGCGUCGUCUCCCCGCAUGCUGGAUGUGGCUCAAACCGUAACUGCUUCGGCGAGCCGUGACCCAGACACUGCGGCAUCAUGCGCCACGAACCACGAAUGCGCCGCGUCAAGCUCCUCGCGGCUAGUUAACUGCGACCGGUUUUCCGCCCUACCGGACGACCUUCUCGUCGAAAUUCUUUCGCGACUUGGCGGGUCCGCUGCUGAUGUCAGCGUCGCAUCAAUGACGUGUCGCCGUUGGAGAGCUUUGGCGAGACAAGUUCCGAGCCUGAGCUUCGGCGGUGCGGCAGACUCGCAACAAUCAUCCACGCGCUUCGAGGAGUCCAUUUCUCGGAUGGUGCUUCGCUCGGAAUCCCUCCGCCAACUUAAAAUCGUGACGCCGCUUCCAGCAUCUUCCCCUGCGCCGCGCGAUUGCGCCGCAUGCGGAAGCGUUUCCGCCUCCGCCAUCCCGCCAGCCUGCCUCUGCUUCGAGGAGACGGCGCACGGCGCGCACGGAGCGACGGCGCAGGAAGGGGAUUCCUCGGCGGCGAGCCAUCCGCGGGAGUUCAUCUUCGAGGCGUGGAUGCGCCACGUGGGGCCGUCGCUGCGCUCGCUCACUCUCUCGCGCGCUGUUCCCGUUGCUUCGUCCACCAAUUGCGGCGGCGACGGGAGCGUGGUGGUGAACCUGUGGGAGGAGGAUGACGCGAGUCUGCAUCUCGCGCACAUUUCCCGCAACUGCACCAACCUGCGCUCGCUCUCAUUAGGCCACGUGUCCCUCUCCGCGCCGACCCUGCUCGCCACUCUCCAGCCCAUGCCGGCCCUGCAGCACCUCUCGCUCUCGUGGCUGCACGCGUGCCCCGCCGCGCUUCACGCUGUGCUUGACGCUGCUCCAAAUCUCCGCCACCUCACGAUUUUCAUGGCGUCGGGGCUUCCGCGCCUGCAUCUGCGCCUUCCGCAGUCCCUCCAGCACCUCUCGCUCUCCUACGUCCGCGCGGACUCCGUCGCGCUUCUCUCCGCGCGCUCCCUCCAAUCUCUCUUUAUCCGCGACAUGUUUCUCCGCUCGCUCUCCAUCCGCGACGCGCCCAACCUGCGCCAACUCUCCGUCGCCUCCGCCAACAGCCUGCUCGUUUCCGCGCCUCACUCCAGCCGGCUCGCGUCGAUCGACCUCCGCGCGGGUUCGCUUAACUGGCCGGCCAUCGAAACCCUAAUUUCAACCAAUGGGGCUGCGCUCGAGUCGCUCUCCCUCGACUUUUUUGCCACCACCAACGCAUCUGGCCUGCCCUUGGUUUCGUCGCUGCCCUGGCUCGCUCGGAACUGCCCGGUGUUGAGAAGUUUGCGAUUGGGCGGGAAACUGCCUGAGACCGAGGCAGGCUGCAUGACCACUUAA